AUGACCACAGCCUUCACAUUCUCACACUCCUACGCAGAGUUUAACAAAAAGAAUCCCCUCCCUGCUCGACCAAGACUUCAUCUCGAACUCUCCGUCGACACUGCCAACCACGACGCCGCACUCGAAGAUAUGAUGACUAUGACCGAUUCGGUCACCGCUGUCACACCUCCUCUCGAUCUUACCUCAGACUCGGACGACGAGUACUCUGUCAUCAUGCGGUCCCCGCUUUCACCAACCACGCCCCAGCCCGUUUCCAUCUUGCUUCACCGCAAGCGCAAGGAUUCUCAAGAAGAGCACGUCUCUGCCCUCAACCUCUUUGAUCGCCAGCGAGGUCAGCACGAUACCGAAUAUGCAGCCUUUCCUGCCCCUCAGGGUUAUGGAAAGGGCGCAAGGGGUCGCAGGCCGACUGUGACCUUUGACCUUGACGAUGAGCCCUCAUCCCAGCGGCAGCACACAGGCCCUCUGUCGGUUCUUCACCACGAUCGUCAUGAUGAUGCCGCGGCCCGUAAAGCUGUCGACUUUAUCCUUGAUGAUGAUGAUGAAGCUACUCCCUGUCCAGAGGUGCCUGAUGGUGUUCUUGCAGCUGAGCGCGCUCUCCGUAGAGUGUCGAUCACACAUCCAGCCGAGACCUCGUCCAUCACCGCUGCUCCUCAAGGUUCCGACUCGACCAACGACGACACCACCAUGCCUUCAAUAAUACCCAUAACGACAACAGCUGCAACGACGAAAACAGAAAACACAACAACGACGACAGCAAUUGCAGAAGAACCGAUAACUACUAGCGUGGUCGAAAAUAGGGCACCCCAAGAAAUCAUCAUCAACCACAUCACGGCAGAGGAUGCGCCCCAAGACUUGCUCGUGGCCCUUUUUGACCGCUCCUCUGAGCUCGAAGCGCUGACCGCCAAACACUCAGACUUUUUCAACCUCAUCUACAGUAGCCUCUCUCAACCCAGUCGCGAACCCUUCAAGACCCUCCUCUUCACUCCCCGCACCUCCCUUGGUGACCGAGACUGGAUGGAGGCCAUUGACAAACAGCUCUCGGCCCUCCCACCUUGCAUCCUCGAAAAGUUCAAGGGCAUUGUUGGUUGGAUUGGACCUGAAGACGAUGAAGACGAGCGCGACUUCUGGGGUGAGGACGAAUACGGUUACCGCGACUCGUCCUUCGAACAAGUCCAGAUCAAGUGGCUCCGCGAUGUUCCCGAUUUCCCUCUCGAGACCUUUGAACAGUGCUACCCACAGUUCUUUGUCAAUGCUCGAGACCGACUCCAGGGCCAUCGCAUGUCAUACGGUGGAGACCAGCGCGACCAUUAUGUGAUCUUUUGUGAGAUCCUGCAACUGAGUCGAGACGACUUGCCCUGCGACAAUGCGUGGGCCCGUCGAAUGAACGGCUGUCUUGAGAAGCACCCCGAGCUGUUACUGCAGUUGAAGGAGAUUAUCGCCUACGAGACGGGAUACGACGACUGA